AUGAAAAAUAUUGUGGAGCCGAAUCAACACAAGCUUGCUGCACAGAAAUUGCGGGAAAUUGCCGACCGACAACCAUUCCGCAUUGAAGUUUUCCACGAGACGUUUCCGUUUGCUGACCAGUACAUGAUUAUUAUUCCGGCCACAGUUCGCAACGUUAUCAUUUCAUUAUUUUGUAUGAGUGCCGUUGCGCUACUGCUCGUUCCGAAAAUGGCUUCCUGUGAGUUUGACUGA